UAAGUUUGCUAUAUGUUCACUUUCACUUCUGUGGAGGAAACAAAUCCUAUAAAACAAAGCAAAAUCACGAGAGAAAAGAAAAAGGAUUGAAACAAAGUAGAGAGAAAAAAAAGAUGGCUUUGAAGCUUAAUGCUUUCAACUUUCAAUCUCCCAAAUACUCUUCUUUUGUUCUUCCACCAAUGGUUAGCCUUAGAUCUCCAAAGUUUUUCAUGGCUGCAAGCCUUCGUUCUGAUACAAAGGAGGUUGAGAAGCUGAAGAAGCCCUUUUCUCCUCCUCGCGAGGUUCAUGUUCAAGUAACACACUCUAUGCCGCCUCAAAAGAUUGAGAUUUUUAAAUCCAUGGAGGGUUGGGCGGAGGAAAAUUUAUUGACUCUCCUGAAACCAGUGGAAAAAUCAUGGCAACCACAGGAUUUCCUGCCCGAUCCCGCUUCAGACGGAUUUCAUGACCAAGUGAAUGAAUUGAGGGAGAGGGCUAAGGAGCUUCCGGAUGACUAUUUUGUUGUUCUAGUUGGGGAUAUGAUCACAGAAGAAGCCCUUCCGACAUAUCAGACUAUGCUUAAUACAUUGGAUGGUGUUCGUGAUGAAACCGGUGCAAGCCCUACUUCUUGGGCCAUUUGGAAUAGGGCAUGGACCGCUGAAGAGAACAGGCACGGUGACCUCCUCAACAAGUAUCUUUACCUUUGUGGAAGAGUUGACAUGAGAGCAAUUGAGAAAACAAUUCAGUACUUGAUUGGUUCUGGAAUGGAUCCUAAGUCAGAAAACAGUCCAUACCUAGGAUUUAUUUACACAUCAUUCCAAGAAAGAGCAACUUUUGUCUCCCAUGGGAACACAGCUAGGCUUGCUAAGGAGCAUGGAGACAUCAAGCUGGCUCAGAUCUGCGGCACAAUCGCCGCAGACGAGAAGCGCCACGAGACGGCCUAUACUAAGAUUGUCGAAAAGCUUUUCGAGAUCGACCCUGAUGGGACUGUGCUAGCAUUUGCUGAUAUGAUGAGGAAGAAGAUAUCUAUGCCAGCGCACUUGAUGUACGAUGGUCGUGACGAUAACCUCUUUGAUCACUUCUCAGCAGUUGCUCAACGUCUCGGCGUCUACACUGCUAGUGACUAUGCAGAUAUACUUGAGUUUCUUGUCGGUCGAUGGAAAGUGUCUGAUCUUACUGGAUUAUCUGGAGAAGGAAGAAAAGCUCAGGAAUACGUAUGCGGGUUGGCACCAAGAAUCAGAAGACUGGAAGAGAGAGCUCAAGGGAGGGCAAAACAAGGACCAAUCAUCCCAUUUAGCUGGAUAUAUGACAGAGAGGUGAAGCUCUGAAGGGAUCUCUAUUAUAGAUAGUGUGUUUAAAUCUCUAGUCAUUGCAAUUCAUUAUUGUUGUCCCUUUAUGUGGAAAGUGAUUUUGCUGGGGAUGAUUUCUGGUGAGAUGUAGAUACAGUUUGUUUCUGUUUUGUGUUGUUAGUAGUUUCUUUGUUUUUACCUCUUGAAAUGUUGUGAACUGCAUGAGUUUGUUUCCCUUGGUUCUAGUGUGUUGUGACUAAACAUAACACCAAUCUUAAAGAAAUUUUGACAA